UGGAAAUUAAUUACGAGUGACAGCCCUUUAUGACGUUCCAUAGUGGUUGCCAGUGUAAACUACAGUUUACAAAAAGAAAAAUUGAUGUUUGUGAUUGUGUAUUAAAUUGAUGCUGAACAAUACUGGAAAGAGUUUUCGCCAUGUCAAAAGCUAAAGUCAUUAUAGUCGGACCAACAGCGGUAACUAACAAUACACAUACAUACCUGAUUUUAAACCAUAAUUACUCAUGAAAUUUGAAACUGAAACACUUUACUUACUAAACUAAAGACUGUUUAAUUUUUUAAAACUUUCACUAAUAUUAAUAAUUCAAUAUUUGUCUAGUUUGGGAAUGAAUAUAAUGGGAUGUUUAAAUGUUACUGAUUCAAGAUUGGCAUAUGAUUUAAUAUCAUAUUCAUAAUAUAAUUUUGGCAAUCCCCCAAAGUCCAGUCCCAAAUUAUUUUGUAUGAAAAAAAUUGCAAUGCAUAGUGUGUAUUGUAUUGUUAGAAAACAGCAGAAAUGUCAGUCAUAGCUUUUGCAAAUAACUGCCACUUUGCAAACCAGUCAGUAAAUACUAAAUGUUGCAAAUAGCAGCCGAAAACGUUCUGCUUGUGACUGUUGCGCCACUAAAGGCCCCAAGUAGCUGGCAAACAGACCACAGCUAGUACCAUUCUGAUAGUGGAGUUUAUGUUUUGCUUGCAUUCAAAGUCCUUCAAUUGUUUCUGUGUGAAUGUCCUGGUCUACUAGAUCAACAAAUUCAUGUGCGUGGACCGUGACAGCAUGAGCAUAAAUCCGGUUGUUGAGCUGAGCGACAUUUUGAUAUUCUUACCAAGCGUCCGUGAUGAUACUUGUCCCUGGUAACACAUGAUUAGUGAUAAUGCACUUGAGUGUUUGUGAAUCUCAAGGGCCAACAACCUCCAUCCAACAUUGUCCACUACCACACUCAACCAAGCCGACAACCCACUUACCAACGCUUCGCUGUGAUAUUUUCUAUGGAAAAAGUAACUCUCAUCCAUCUCAACGAAAACAGACUGGCUGUUUGCAUCAAAGCCUCCCAGCAGUUGAUUGGUUGUCAGCAUCCAUUGACAACAUUCCUGACAAAGAUAGUUGUUAUAGUUGACGAUAGCGUCCCAGCUAACCAGACACUCGAACAACAUAAUGUGUUUACACUUGACUUCGUAAACCCUAUAAUACAUGAUCAUAACUAUUUUUCAGUUGUUAGAUCGCAGUCUACAAAGAAUGACCCAGUUCUAACACUACUGCAGGUGUUGCAUGGUCAACAACGCCACGAAAAACCGUCUCGCAUUCCGCAUGAGUGACUAACGCCAUUGGGCACCUGCAUGUUCCACAAUUAAAGUUGUUUCUGAUCAAGCGGUGUCGGGCCAGCCACUCAAACCAUUCACGUUUGUUUGACAUUACAGCAUACAACUCACACGGAGUUACUUAAAUUCCACCCAGUUGUGCUGCUGGCAAAAUAACCGAACUAAUACUAAUCAGUGCAGCUGGUCUACCUGCCAUAAUUUAACAAAUUUAUCGAAAUAUACACAAACAUGAAUUUCAUAACAAAAUGAAGCCUAAGACUUUUAAGUAAGGAGUAAUCAUUGAAAAUAAUUUGGGAACAGACUUCCGAGGAUUGCCUAUACUUUCAGAUAUGUCAUGAUGACCGAAACUAAUUUAGGAGUUUAACUGAAUGAAUCACUCAUUGACUAAUGUUGUAAUACUAAUACUAAAACUGAUAUUUAUAAGAACACAUAUUGGGUAAAUGUUAGGCAUAGUUCAGGAAGCAUAAAGGUCAUUUAGUUCUGCUAGGUGGCUAAGUAGUUGAUGUUACUUCUAUUCAAUAUGUAAGAAAUAAUUAGUUGCACAUUUAUCAAAAUUUUAUUUGUACAGACUUUUGCUUAGCAUCUCAAUUUAAUUUUUCACAUCCUACAUGCUUAUGUACCUGUGAUAUGUAUUCUUCAGGCUGGAAAAACAUUUUUAAGCAACUUUUUAGCAGAUGCCACAGAAUUUUCAGGGGGUGAAUAUCAUCCUACACAAGGGGUUCGGUAAGCUCUCUUUAAAUGAACUAUUAAUUAGGCUAACUUCCUACUUUGAGAUGGAAUACAAACUAAAUAAUUUAUAUUAAAACUAAAGCAAAAUUAAAUCUCAUUUGAAAAAAAAAAAUAAUUCACAGACAGUCAUAGAAUAUCAUUCUUUAUUUUUACUAUAUAUUUGACCUUAACUGGAUAUCGCCCACAACACAAGUCAUUUAAAUAGUUAAAUGUGACCCUCAUGUAUAGUUAACGCUUAUAGUCUUUUAAUUAAGGUAUAUAUACUUUUAAUUUCUAAAUCAUAUCUAUUAUACACAUGACUCUUUAUUGAUACCCUUUUUUGCCCACAAGGUAGUGCCACCACCUUACAGAUUGACUGCAUAAUUGCAGCCAACCAUGGAUUCAUUCAAAAUAUUUGUUAAAUCUUGUUAUAGCAAACAUCUAUGUAAAUUAAGGAAGCACAUAAUGAGUGUUACCCUGACGGUUGUACAUGUUGUACUUAGUUCUAAUUCAAAAUCUACGUUCGAUGAAUAUCUUUUCAAAUAUUGACAAGAAAUAUCUUACUUUAUCAUGAGUUCAAUUCUAAACAAAAUGCUGUCAAACUGAAAUGCACAGCUAAAUGAAAAUCAAAUUAUAUAUUAGUGCUUUGGUAGAAUCAGCCACACAUUUUAAAUCUUCAUACAUUUACAGAAUAAUUGAGUUUGAAACUAGUGCUUCCGAGACAGGGCGAUCUUCAGUUGAUGUUGAGCUUUGGGACUGUAGUGGGGACAAAAGGUAAGUUAUAGUAAAAAAUUUAGAUAACCUCUAAAAUGUAGAAUAACGUAAGUUGAAAAUCUCUAAAAUGUAGGGUAUUGGUAAUUUAAAAUGAUGAUGUUAAUGGUAACCCUUGUUGGUAUUGAUUAUAAUUUUCAUCAUUUUUUUAAAAUGCAAAUUGUUCUUGUGUUUGUCAAUUUUUUUUUUUUAAAUGUUUAAUUUCUUACUAUGGACUUAAUGAAAGUAUUGUUAAGACUUUAUUAUAUCUAUAAAAAUGUAUCUUCUAAAUUGAUAAUACUUUUAACUUUUAAAUUUUGAUGAUCCAGUCUGUUGAUAUUUUACUUAAGCCAGUCAUUAUGGUGCAUUAUAGUUUCCCUUUAUGAUAUGUUUGGUUUCUGUCAAUUACUUCAAAUAUUUAUUGGCAUUAAGGUCAUACAUAGUUCAAUAAAUUCACUUCACUUUAGUUUUUAAAUUUAAAGCAUUGCAAUAGCAUAAGAAAUCCAAUAAUUACCAGAAAAUUUCCUCAUUAGGUAAAAAAAACACACCACUUAUUGCUCAAAAUAAGUAUUAAAUACCUUGAAAUUUUAUAGUUAUAUAUUUUUGUUAUAUAUUUUUGUUUGAAGCUGUUAUUUUAUUGAAUGUAUAAUGUUUUUUUUUAAGGAACAAUAUUUAUUUACAUAAAAUUUUCAUUUAAUUAUCAUUGUAAAUCCACAGGUUUGAAGCAUGCUGGCCAGCCAUGGUUAGAGAUGCAAGUGGUGCUGUUUUCGUCUAUAAUCCUGACCAGCCAAAUCAUGAUAAGGAGUUAGACACAUGGUUAGUAUAUGCAUAUUAUUUGUAUUAUAUUUUUGUCGUUUUGAUAUUUGUGUCAUUAAUCCAAAAUUAACAAGUGUUAUUAUUAUUUUUUUUUUAAAUCUAACACACUUAGUCAAAAUUUGAUCAGUUGAGGCCAGUAAGUCUAUUCUGAUGUUACCUAAAGAUUAACUCAUCUUUAUUAAUUUUAAUAUUAAUAAUUAUAAUUUUUGAAGACUUUCUCUCUACUUGCACUUCCAUCUUGUUUGCUGUAAUUUUUUUGUUUACGCACCUGACUAUUUUGCUCAGUCAAUAGUGGAUCAUUGCUUCUGCUUCAUUCAGUGAACAGCUGUCUUUGGGAUUUUUUUUAGGGGUGGUUCUGAAGGUGUUAGGGGCAGGCCAUGUGGUAAUAAUUCUAAUUUUUUAAAAUAAUUUAAAGAUUACAAUUUUAAUACUUAAAAGUAGAAAAUAAAAAAAAGAAUUUGAAAAAAAAAGGACUAUAGGGCAAAGAUGAAAUUAAACCCACUAAAAAACAGAAAAUAAUUGAAAAUUUCAUAACUUAUAAUGAUAGUUUUUUUAAAACUAUAAAUUGAAAAGCCUUGUGUACUAUUUUGUAAACACAAUGCACAUGAAGCCAAUAAUAACCCCAAUACAAGUUUUGAACACAGCAACCUAAAUGAUGAGAAGCAUGAGGCACAAUGACAAGCAUGGUAUCUUGAGAGUUGUUCAUGAAAAAAAAAAGUGUGUGUGUGUGUGUGGGGGGGGGGGUUGAUAGGCAUUAAAUAACUAAAUACAGACAUGGUUAAAUUGAACUUUCUCUGUGUUUAGCAAAAUAAAAACGCAGUUAGAUGUUCACAUUCCUGAAGAUUCAUUACUGAUUAGUGGACCGGUCCUAUGUCUUGCAACCAACACUAUUUAUUGGCUUUGACUUUGAUGACAACUUGGUACUUACAUUAUAACUGGAGCAUUUACUGAGUUAUCUCUCCUUAAGGUACUCCAGUGAUUCCUAAACUGUAGUACUAGUCCCACUAGUGGUUUGAUGCAUUGUUCUAGUUGUUCAUAGAGAAUUUUUUAAAAUGUAAAUACCAACAAUUUUAUUCAGCCCUUAAUUCCAGUUGCAUGAUGGAAUACAUAAUUGUAUUAGUCAAUUAAAGUUGUACAAUAUGCCAAAUUAUUUUAAAAUUUCCAAUAAAUAGUGACAAUGAUCUAUGCUCUUUCUGAUAGUUUACUGAACAUGAGAGAACAAUAAAAAUUUUAAACUUGCUGUUUAUGGUAUUACUUGCUAAUAACAGGUAUUAAAACAUGAUACCUUUAAUUGUUAUUGAAUCAGCAUCAUAGGUCAAAGGUGAUAGAAAACACAGUAAAUUUUAAAAAUCCCUUUACAUCCUUGAACUACAAAAAUAAUACCAAUUACCACAAAAGUAAGUAAUACUUUAUUUAGCAUAACAAAUAUAUCAGGCUCAUACCAGCAAGAAGCCAGUAUAGGAGCUGCUCAUUCCUGCCUAAGACAAUCAGGGACUGGAACAAUCUUUCAAAAGGAACGGUUGAGGCGACAACACUAGACACAUUUGUGUCUAUUGCCUCAAGCCUUCAAAACCCCUAGUGCAUGAUUUCCUCAUCAAAACCAGUAACAGAACUAUUGCAAAUCCCAUCUACAUGCAUAGGAGCCAAACUGAUCAAUAAAUUGAUCGUGGGCCCUUAAGAUAUAGAAGAAGAAGUGCGAUUUUUUUUUUAAUGGUUACCUAGCAUCUGGAGUUUUACAUGUCCAUAUUUAGAUUGUUUUUUUAAGGUUGAGGUACUAAUAAAUUUAUGUUAAAAGGGUGAAGAAGCAUUUAAACGAAAGCCAAUUAACAUAUUUAAUUUAUUUUAUCUUUAAAGAAAACUUGAUGUUGUUUUAUUGCUCUUUAAUACACUUCUUCUGUUAUAGUUUUUUAGGGGACUUCUUACAUGUAUUGAUGGUUAUUAUACCCAUGACAGGACAUUAUAAAUACCCUUGACAGGACAUUAUAACAAUCUUAUUUAGUAAUUAAUUUGUAUUUUACUAAUUUCUUACAUUCAUAAAAAUGUAAGCUUGGUUGUUAUGCAGUUCAAGAAAUAUAUUUUUGGAGAUGUGCUUUGUUGUGAUAUGUAGGAAUACCAUUGAAGGAACCCACUACCAUUUAUUCUUAAUACAUUAUUAAUUGUUUUAAAAAAUUCUCUUAGGGCUCUUUAAUUACAUUUUAUCCCAUUUUAACCAUUUACAGGCUCAAGGUUAUUCAGGAUCACACCAACAUUAAGCCCAGGCAAUGUUAUUGUGUGGCUUUUAAAAAAUACACAAUAUCCAAGAGAACUUUAAGCAGGCCCUGUGAGUGGGUUGUAGAAACUUUUUAACAUUGGCUUGCUUAAAGUUACAGCACUGAACCACAUGCUAAUUAAUAAUAAAUACAUCAUUCUGUUUUACAUGCCAUUUUAAAUUAGAGUGAAGUAAAUGGCAUGGCAUUAAUUUAGAUCACACAUGGAAUCUAUACAAAUUUCUCUAUUGAAUUCCUAUGUAAAUUUAAAUAUAUUAUAUAUUUAAAAAGCAUUUUGUUUACUACUUCUUAAGUGAAGUUUUAGUUUAAAAAUUUCUAUUCAAAUCAUAUUGGGUGGGUUUUAAUAUUUUGUUUAUCCUGAUAUGUUACUUUUCCUAUUUUCGAAGGAACACUCCUAAAAUUUUACAGGCAAUACUGACAUUUAUUUUUGUUUAUGACAACAUUACUAAAGUUUUAGACAAUAUUCAAAAAUGAAAUUAAACAUUAUAAGAUUACAUUACAAGUCUCAUUUAAUUAAUUAAUUUUUCCCCCAUUUAUUGAAAUUUAUUUGAAGCUAUAAUUUACACAAAUCUUUUUUUCCCGUUCCAUCUGCCAAUCUGCUUCCAUGUUGUCCCACCCACCACUCUUCACAGGUCUACAAUAGCCUUUCAUUUAAGAGCUAUAAGUUAAUUCAUGCUAUGAUUAUUGUUCCUGAAAACUGUUACAUUAUAUUAGUUAAAGUAGUGUUGAUCUACCAUUACCAUGUACUUAUAUUUAUCAUAGUUCUUCUCAAAUAUACUUUUUAUAAAUUACUACAGUAAAUCUGAGUACAUUACAUUCCCAUGGUAUUAAAGAAUUCCAAGAAUAAAUUCAUCUUGAAUGUAAAUAACUUGUUUAAAAAUUAAAGAUUUUAAAAGAUCUUGAUGAGAAUUACACUAUGAUCAUGAAUUGUCUUUUUUGUAAUUACGGUAUUUAAUGAUUUUUUAAAUUUUAUCUCCAUUUCCAAUUAAGUAAUUAGCUGCCACAGACUUUUGCCCUUAUGUUGCUUUUUGAAAUUCCUAAAAAUUCUGCUUUGAUUAUGAUUCUUUCUGCCUUGCCAUCAGCACAGAUGCAGGUUAUGUCAUUUUAACACACAAGUUUUUUAUCAUGCCCACCCAUACAAAAAUUACUAUCUGGCAUGCUAUGUUGUAUCAUGCUGUAAAGUUGUUACUUAUUUCCACUGUUGCUGUGGUCACUACAGGUAUAAUUUUAUCAUCGGCAACCAGCAUCUAAAAGAAGGCCAGUGCUACGUGUUUGCACACCACAAGCCUAACACCGCAGGUGAAGCCUCAGAACUUUGUAAGUAGAAAUGUUAUCAUGUUAAAUUUAACUAAUCAGUUCCCAUGAAAAGAUCACUUCAUUUAUAAUGUAUUUGGCUAUUAUUCAUUACAAUAUUUUACAUUAGUCACUUCCAAUAGUUUAGGGCCAGUGUAAAUUAUACCAUAAAAACAGUGAUUGUCUCUUGAAAAAGUAAUUGCUCAGGUAUAAGGGUUAUUAGCAAGCUUAAAACUGUUUUAAAUCACCAUUAAUGUCAUUUUGAUAAACCGUUUUUCAUUCAUUAUGGUAAAGCAUAAAGUUGAACGAUCCAAAAGCAGGAUUUCUGACACCAGGUGUUGAAAUGAGUUACAUCUGAAUUGCAAAUGAAUGAACAGGUUACAUAUUAUAAAUCAAAUCUGUCUUUGAAUAAAAAAAAAAUAUUUUUCAUAAUUUUUUGUAAUUCAUAUUCUUAAGUAGUCAUUGUUUCCUACAGUAUAUUUAUAUUAAUUAUAAAUAGCUUUGAAUUUAUAUUCUAUGCUAAUGCUAUAUAUUCUAUUGCAAUUGAGAAAUUCAGUUUAUUGCUAUAUCUCAAAAACGCUAAUUUUACAAUGAAAACAUUUAAAAGUUAUUUUAUCAUUUAAUCUAUAUCAGUAUCAGGGGUUCUUAACCUGUGAAAAGGUUGAGGAGCUCCGUGAACUGCAUUUUCUUUAUAACUUUAUUAUCUUAUCUUAUAUGCAUUAAAAAAAAAAUUUCCAAUAAUUUUCAUGGAGUAAAAAAGGUUAAGAACCGCUGAUAUUUGCUGACAUCGACAGCUGCACAAUGCUUCUUUGCCCCCAAAUAUGCCGGCUUUUGAACUUUCUCCAUUGCUUUGCAUGAUCAGAAUGAUAAAUAAUAAUAAUUAAUUAUACACAUUUGUUUUUGUUUUUUUAAUGCCACACAGCCAACAGUUUCAGCAGGAUUCCACAAAUUCACACCAGUCUAGAUGAGGAUGCAGAGGCAGUGAGGCGAGAGUUCAACCGAUUCCUCUUAUCCCUAGUCAAGGCGAUGUCUAGCAACCGAGAGCAGGAGGAACUGAACAUUAUGAACCAAUAAGCUCUUGCUUGUUAGAUAUCCUCUGAUAUUUUUUUUUUUAUUGAUCAAUCUCUGGGAAAUAUUUUUGCAUUAUGUAAAAUUAUCUGUGAGCAUAUAACUUGUCAGUGGGGAGGUUGUUACCAGAAUACAUUUAAAAAAAUGCUGUUGAUAUUUUGUUUACAUCAAAGAGAGAUAAAUUUCUAGAAUAGAUCUAUACUUAUUUUCUAUAUGCUUAUGUAUUUCCACAUUUUUCUUUUACUUAAGUUUGUUUUAAUUUAGUUAAUCAAAAGCUACCUUUAGAAAAAGUGUUAUUCAAAGGGGAGAGUUUUUUUCUAUUCAUGGCUUGUAAGUAUGUAGACUAGGAAUAACAUUAAGCUGACUUAGCUUUCAGAUAAGCACCACAGGGAAAGGGAAUACAAAACAUGUUUCUUCAUAAAGCACUCUUCAGCAAACAACAAUUAAAAAACAAGAUAAAUGAUAAAUAAAAUCAUCUGAGCUCACAGGAAGCUUUGUCUGAUGCAAGAAGAACUCAACUUUUAUUCUUUUAUUUUUAAUAAAUGCUUAUUUCCAAUUUUGUUUUACUAAAGAUUAUUUUAAAAUUAUUUUAUUUUAUAUUUUUGAUCAAUCUGGUGGCGUAGCUAGGAAUUUAGGGGCCCUGGGGGCUUGGCCUCUUUAGGGGCCCCUGCAUUUUGACAUUCGACAUUAUGUAAUGUAAAAAAAAAAAUUCGGAUAUGCCUUUUGGGGCCCCCCUCAAGUAGGGGCCCGGGGGGGGGGACGGACUUUCGAAUUUGGACCCCUCCCUCUCCCCUAGCUACGCCACUGGAUCAAACGCUACUUUUAAGAAAAACAUUAAAGACUUCAGCUCUAAUCGUAUGACAGAGUUUUUUUUUUUUAGUCAUUAGUUGUAAGUAUAUAGACCAAGAUUCAGGAAUAAAAUCUAAGUUGACUAACUUGUAAGGUAAGGACCACAAGGAAUAUCAGCAAUUGAAAAAAUAGAUGCCAUGAACACAAAGAGCCCUCUUUGGGGAAUAACAAUUAAAAAUGGAAAAUAAAGAAAUCUUAGCCCUCUAGCCGGAAACUGUCUAGACUAAGAAAAAAACUGUCAUCUCUGAAUGGAAAAUAUUUCUGACUCCAGCUUAAUUUAAUGACCACAUUCCAUGAUUAUUUUUCCCUGGCUGUGUGGGUCACAGCAGAAUAAUAAUAUAGUACAGCUUUUAUUAAAACAUAAUUGCAGAAGCAAUAUCAGGACACAAAAUAAUGACAUCUUUGUUGGUGUAUUCAUGAUCUUAGAUUUUACAGCUUUUUUGAUGAUUAUUCUAAAAUUAUUAUUUCAAUCAUGAAUAAGGCAAAUGUAAGUCUAUGGACCAUCAUUAACUUUAGCUGGGAUUUGAGUGAAUUGUCUUAUAGACAAUGUAAAAAGGCUGAACAUUUUCUUGAAAAAAAACACCACAUAUUUUCUAUCAAUAAUCUUGUAUUAUUUUUUAUCAUUAAUUAAUAAAUUUCCACUAACUCUUAAACUGGGUGCUUAUCAGUUCAAUCAGUGCUUUGGACUAUUUAGUACUCUGAACAGUCUCAUGUCUUAUCUUGCUGUGUCAUCUGCCUCUAUUAAUUCAAAACACGGCUUCUCAAUCUGCCAAUCGGCUGGUACUCGGUAUAUGAAAAUAGUUGGUCACCAAAUUUGCCUUUAAAAAAAAACUUUUAAGUUUUAAAGAUUUCCAAUUGUAUUCAAAACAUGUUGAAUCAUUGUUUACAAAAAAUGUGUAUAUUUAUUAUGUAAUUUUUAAAAAUUGGGUGGGGGGGAGUGUUCCUUGAUAAAAAGUAAGAGUUUAAGUAAGUAACACUUACUUAUCUAAUUCUAAUGAAGUGCUAAUUGUUUCUGUGUGCAUUUAAUGCCAUCCAAACAUGAAGGUAUACAAAAUCAUACCCAUAUUUUCUAAAAGAUUACUAUCUAUUAUUUUCACAAUAAAAGUAAUGAUGUAAAAAUCUCCAGCAUUUCUCAUCUUCACGUUAUGCACUGUAUUUAUCAGAUAAAUUAUUUGUUAGACUACAUGAAGUACAAAAAUAUGAAAAAGACAUUGGCCACAAUCAAUAUCAUGCCAGUUAGGAGGGCGGUGGUGCAUGUUUUAAGGUUCUGGGCAAAUAAAGAGACUUUCCCACUUGGAUCUGGUAUGUGGGGUAAAACAUGGCUACCUGUGUUUUGGGAUUUAUUUAAUCCUUUUUUUUUUAAAAUUUAAUUAAAGCAGUCAAUGCAACAUUCAUUUCAAUCAAAGCAGUCAUUGCAACAAUCAUUUUUAUUAAAGCAGUUGUUAUGUAGCAUAAAUUCCCCGUGCUUGAAUUUUGCUUGACCCAAAUUAGAUCCCUAGCAGACGUUAGCGUUUGUUGUGGGUGUGGCCUAUUCGUUUGAUGUACCGUAUCUUGUUUGCAGCCGUGUUUACCAAUUAAACAUGUUAGACUGUCUCCUGGUAUUUUGUAGAAUGAUCUCGAUUUGUUCUAGAAAAGUAAAGGCGUUUUCUAGACGCGUCGGUAGACCCACAUAGAUAAAGGAUUGACAGGCUCGGAGGGAGAGAGAGAGAGAGAGAGGGAGAGAUUCAGACGGAGAUUCAGAUAGGUUUUAUAACGUUACGAGACGUGUAUUAUUCUGUGUGUGCUUAUAUGUGUUUAUUCGCAUUCUUCAUUCAUUGGCACAUUGUACUAAUUGUGUACCGG